UGUGCAGCCGCUUGUUUGAAACGUCAUCUUUCAGCGACAUGUGUGGGGGGGCUGUCACUCCAGGGGACGACAUGUGAAUUUUUGUUGUCCUGGACCCAAAACUGAGUUAAAGGAGGAAACAGAAACGUAAUUAAAACAUGUCUUUGGCUCUUUCGCGAUGUCUUUGCAGGGUUUUAUCGCGGCAGGCCAUGCCGUCUAGCUCUCUGUACGGAGAACAUCACCAUCUUGUACAGAGUCCUUGGUUUGCACCAGUGAUGACCCUGAAGACAUCUGCUCCACUGAGAGCUGAGCCAAAAAAGAAGAAGAAAGUGGACCCGAGAAGGGAACAGAUGUUGAGAGAGCGUCUGAAAAAGAAGCUGAAGAAACUGGAGAAAGUUCCACCAGAGCUUAUCCCCAUAGAGGACUUCAUCACUCCAACCAAAUGCUUGGAUGAAACAAGGGAACGCACUGCUCCAAGGCUGUCAUUUGAAGAAAGUGAGGGUCGAGCCCUGCUGCUGAAGGAGUGGUGUCGAUACAAACAGAAGCAGCACAUGGCUGAAGUGGAAGCUGUUGAACUGGCUUUGGAAGCACAGAGGGAGGCACUGGAGGAGCUGAAGCUGGAGUCCGAGGAGCUGUACCGGGCAGCGCUGAAGCCUGACCCGCUUCUUAUUCCCUUUGUUCACGAAGGUCCCGCAUAUACGCCAGCAAUACCCAAUUAUGACGCCCCUGAUGGGAAAUACAACGAUAUCACUAAAGUUUACACGCAGUGAUAAAUGAGGAAUAGCUGUGUGUAGUUUAGUGUGUCUGUUAUUCACUAAGCAAAAAUGCAGCUUUUAAGCACACUGUCUUUAUUCCUUCAUUGUCAUUCAUUGUGUGAGAGUUACAGUGAGUUUGUGUCACGUUAAUAUUUGUCUAUAAUAAUGGAAUAAAUCUUUUUAUUGA